GUCUGCGGGACCGCCGCGCGGUCGGCCCAAACUCUUGGCGCCCACGACCGCGCCCGCGCCGCGCGGGGCCGCCCGCACUCCCCGCACUCCUGAGGCUGCCCCUCUGGAACCUUUUCGGGCGCGGCCCGUCAACGCACGCGGGCAGGCUGCCUUCCGUGGGUGCUAACCGACCCAAAGCGCCGUCCUGCUGGUCCUCAGCCGCUCACACGAGGCGUUUUUACGCUCGGCGCGCUGGGAUCUGGCAGCUUUGCAGAGAGUCAUACUCAGCUUACGUUCGGGUUCGCAGCAAAAAGGCCCGGGGACCCGUCGGAGCCCUCGACCGACGCCUCCGGGCGCCCCGCGCGCGCGGACGACCCCCGGGCCGCGGCUUCCAAACUUGGCAGACAAUCUCCGGCACGCCUCCUGUUGUUGCGCGCCGCACGAGAAAACGUCGCCACCACAAACGCUGGGAGCGCGCAGGCGUCACUGGUCGCGCGGCUGCCCCCCCGGCGCCCAGCGCCUCGGGGAAGGCUGCCCCCCCCCGCCAGCCCAGCCUGGGAAGCCAAAGGCCUGGAAGAGCCAAAGGCAUAGAAAUGGCAGCAGCCGUCCGCCGCCGGCACGGCCCGCCGCCACCGCAAGGCCCGCCGCCCCUCAGAAUCCGGCCCCAGUGCGGCGGUCACGUCGUCACCUUCGACGGCGACGCGCUCGGGUUCUCGGUCAUCGACGCGAAUGGCGUCCCCGUCGUGUCCGAGGCCCCGCUGUCCGCCGGUUUCGAAGUCGGCGACCGCCUCGUCUGCGUGAACGGCGCGCGGCUGCCCCGACUGCCGUCGUGGAAGGUCAAGGCGCUGUUCGAGAGCUGCGGCCGGCCUGUCUGUAUAGAAUUCGCCAAGGAACCGAUCAGCGACGGUUUUGAAUUAGAUGAGGUCACGCGACCGCUCGCCCACGUCGAGGUCUCGAAGAUGUUACACGACGCGACGCGGCUGCAGCCGCCCUUCUGCAUGCAUCUAGCUCGAUCAUUAGUAGAAGCUUAUGAAAAAGGAGGCGACGUCUCCUUGGACGAAGCUCUCUCCCCGACCAUCAGGGCCUUCUGCGAGGUCUUGUUCGCGGACGCGCCCGUGCAAGCCAUAAGUCCGAUGCCGCCGCCCUGGGCCCUCGCGGCCACGAAAGCAACUAAAAAUUUCCUGCAGCGAGAGGAAGUAGAUGAAGGCACCUUCAACGCGUUAUCCUUGACCCUGGCGGCGUCACUACCUAACCAUUUACGCGCACCGGCCGAGGGCUGGACCGGCAACCAGAAGAUCGAGCACGUCGCCGACGAGCUGCGGGCGAUGGGCUUCGACGAGAGUGCCAUCCCCAAAGUGUCUGAUGAGGACUGCAUUUUCAAGCGGGAAAAUGAAAAAAUGGCGCGCGCGACGGCUCAAUUACAGAGUGUCAUGAAGGCUCGCAGGAGGUUGCUAGAUUUGAGGGACCGCGCUCAGGCCAAGAAAGCUAUUGCGGACGCGCAGGCGAACGAUCCGAACUGCAUCUUUGGGCGGGAGGUCCGGCGGGCCGAGAGGGCCGCGCACGUCGUGCAAAGGGCGCUGAAGCGGGCGACGUCAUCUGAUAAAGUGGUGCCGCCGCUGCCUCCCCGGAAGCCGCGGCGUGCUAAGCCGACGCGAAGAGUCGAGGCGCCGGCCUGGCUGCGGGCGGGCUGCAGUGUCGAGGCCGACUGGCGCGGCCGCGGGGCUUGGUAUCGCGGCACGGUCACGGAGGUGUCUAACAAAGGCUGUAGUGUCCGAUACAAUGAUGGAGGCAGCGAGCGCAACGUGCCCUUCGACCGCGUGCGCCCGCGCGAGGCGUCCUCGGCCGUCGCGCGGCGGCCCGCGCCCAGGACCGCGCCCGCGGCCAAGCCGGUCGCGGUUCCAGACGAAUCAUCUGACGAGGAACCGACGCUCACCCUAGAUCUCGCCGGCAGGUGGUACUCCGUAGAUGUACAAACAGGAAAGCCCAACAAUGACAUAUACGAAUUCAGACAGACGGCCACCAACGAGUACGUCACGUACCGCAACGGGCGAGAAACCCCCAAGAGCGCCUUUACAAUUGUGCAAGAACACAACCACUUGAAAGGCCGCAUGAAGGAGAAGAUCCACGGUCCUCGAGGGCGGACGUACGCGCCUGUGUGGAAAUCAACCAGUGUGUCGCGCGCACCGACAAUUCUUCACUAAGUCAUUUCUCGGCGAUGGCGCGGCCGUGCUGGCUCCGUCGAGCGGUGAGGAACGACCACCACCGCGCCAUCGAGCAGGCGUCGCGUCGAUGGCGUGGAGGACGACGCGACGAUUCAGCACGAACGCGCCGUAAAAUUUUUUAUUUCCACACAGGUACGCCCCCUCGUUCAAGGUGCGGGACAACGGUGAUUUACAUUGGGACAUCCAAGAUUCGAAGUGGCUCAGUCGUCGAGACUGCGGCGUGGACUGUUUGUUAGAAGUAAGGCGUAGUGCGGGCGGGUCGCUGCGCAUCGCCGCGGGUUCCGUCGUGAGUUUCAAGAAUUAUGGUAGUGGUUAUGCGGCCAUCGUCAACGCCGCUAAUGUGAUGGGAUUGGGUGGCGGGGGCGUCGACGCGGCCGUCAAUUCGGCAGGUGGUCCGACCAUGCAUAGAGAUCGAAGGGCUCUACCUAUCAUUAAUAACAGGCAUGAAAGAAUAAAAGUAGGCGGCUGCGUGGCUACGGGACCGAACUCCUACGGCAACAUCGGCACGGAGUUCGUACUACAUGCUGUUGGCCCCGACUUCCGGUCGCAUCCUGCUCAACAGGCCGAGACGUUAUUGCUGUCGGCUUAUGCUUCAUCUUUGUCAUUGGCCCGGGAGAAGGGCAUCAAGCGGGUGGCGUUUCCACUCUUAUCGGCCGGUAUUUUCCGGGGUCAUGUUGCACUGGAUAGGGUCGUGGAGCUCGCGUGCCGGGCGGUGGCGACGCACGACUACGACGGGGACGUCUACCUGUGCGGCUUCUUACCGGCCGAACAGACGGCAUUGAAAAAAGGUGUAGACGUUAUCCUCAAGGAAGGCUUGGUCCUGCCUCUUGAUUGUGUCCAUCAGAGAGCAGCUAGGGCCGAGGCCGAGGCGCAGCGAGCGUACAAGCUGAGACGGCGCGCCGAGGAGCUCGCCCGGCGAGAGAACAGAAGGGACGCCUUCCGGCAGGCGGGCUCGACGAUGGUGCGAGCCAUGCGCGAGGCCCACCGCGAGGAGGCGGCCCAGCACCUCGCGCGGACGCAGGAGGGCACGGCGUCCUUUUUUCAGAGACGCGAGGCUGAGCGCGCCCGGACGCAGCAUAGGCAGGAGCAGAUCGCCGCUCGCGAGCGCGAGAAGCUCGCCGAGAAGGAGGCCGCGUCGGCGGCGUUACUGCAGCGGAAGACCGCCGCGACGUCAGUGUUCAAUGAGAGACGAGAACAACAGCGGCAGGAGGCGGAUCGUAGGAGGGACGAGGAACUUCGGCGUCUGCAGGCGACCCAGGCCCAAAAAGAAAGGGAGGCCGAGGCAUUGCUGCAGCGGAAAUUAAGGGAGAAGCGGGCGCUUGAAGAGCGGAGGGCCAAGGAGCGCGAAGAGGCCGAGGCGCGACGGGCCGAAGAAAUUGCGCGGCUCGCCGAGGUCCAAGCACGGAAAGAAAGAGAAGCUCGGGAGUUGAAGGAGCGCAAGGAACGCGAAAAGCGGGAGUUGCUCGAGCGAAGGGAGGCGGAAGCUAGGGCCGUGGAGGCGCAGCGCGAGGCUGAGCGCAAGGCUGUCGAAGAACGUAGAAGAGCGGAGGCCGCCGCGAUCCAGAGGCGGAAGGCCGAGGAAGCAAGGGACGAGGCGAAGAAAAUUGCGAAUCGGAGGGCCAUCGAGGCGGCGAGGAAAGCCGUGUCUGGCUUUCAUAAAGGCGACGCGCGGUUCAGUCAUCGCGGUCCUGGAGGAUGGGAGGCCUAUGCGCACGAGCACUGUCGCGUGAUUGAGCGGGCCAUGAAGGCGUCGAACGGGAGUGGUACAGUAUCAUUACCUGGUAUUCCCUUUGAAGUAAGGUGGGGCGACGAGGCGGUCAGUGCGAAGCUGCCGCACCCGCCGCCGGAGGGUAUUAUUCAAGUGAAUCUACGAAGCCAGAACACGCGCGUCGUGCGGCGCGACGGUGAUCAAUCAGCUCCUUCACAACCGACGCCGUGGCAGCAGGAGAGUGCGCCGGCACCGCCACCGGCGCCGCCGCCGCGGUCGACGCCGGCCGCCCCGUCGGGUGGGACCAUGAUGGUCCAGAUCCCCGCGGGCACGGCCCCCAACGCCAUCCUCCAGGUCCGCGCGCCGGACGGCCGCACGAUCAAGGUCCGCGUGCCGCCGAACGUGCGGCCCGGCCAGCAGAUGCGCAUCUCGGUGCCGGCGGCGGCGGCGCCCAAGGCGCCGCCGCAGCCGCCGCGACCGCCGCCGCGACCGCCGGGCUCGACGCUCAUGCGCGUGAAGAUUCCUCCUCACGUGCCCGCUGGUGGGUCGAUUACAGUGAGGGCCCCCGAUGGGAAGCUCGUCAGAGUACGCGUACCGCCGGGCGUCGCGCCCGGCGCUACCAUUACCGUGCGCAUCUAGUCGUUCCGUCGAUUGCGUGCCGCGUAAGUUUCUUCCGUUCA